AUGACGUCAGGGGUGCUUUGUAAGGACAAGAUGGAAUCAUUUGAAUACACGCCUUUAAAUCAAAGUCGACCCGGUAUUGCGCAAGCUCAGCUCGAGCGCUCCACAACCGUCGCCACCAGCCUGAAUUCUUCUGUGUCCGCUGUGCAGCAAAUGCAAGGGCGUCUUGCGCCGCAUCAAAUGACUCCACCAUCGACGCUGCAGCAUCACUCGGCCUCUCAGCAAAUACAAGGACAUCUUACGCUGCAGCAAAUGGCCACAACACCGGUUCUGCAGCAGCGCUCGACCCCUCUGGUAUUGCAAGGGCUUCUUUCUGAACCCGUCGCGGGUGAAGAAGGACUUCAAUCUUCAAGCGUACCACCAGCCCUGCCGGCGGCUUCGUUUACAGCGCGUCUCUUUGAUUUGGAUAGUUCAGACGAGAGCGAUACGACACCGAUAGCAACACCCUCAGCCGAAGUAGCCUCUACAAGACCAGAAGAUCGCUAUGAUACAAUGAAAGCUGACGAGAUUCGAAAAGAGUGCACGCGACGCGGAUUAAAGCAAGACGUUCGGGCAGCUUACGCGGCAACGUACGAUGAGGACCACCCAGUUAACACGGUCAUUUUCACGCACGAGUACUUUGUAGGUGUCAAGCCUUCUGCUGUGAAGAAACACUCGGCAAAGAAACUGUAUGAGAAAUGGAAAGAAGUUAACCGAUACUACAUCAUCUCCAAGAAGAAGCUCACUCAAUCUGGACAGCAUGAGAAAGAUUUUCCCCGUUUUGUUGAUGGGCGUGGUUUCGUUCUCUACUUGCGGUAUUGGCUCGAUAUUAUCCUGGACUCACAGACCGGCAGCAACUCAAAGAGAAAAGAUGCCCAGCGGCUCGAAAGUUUGGCUACAUCAUUUGCUGCCUACGUUAAUGACCGGCGCCUGGAGGUUGAGCGUGUCGCCUCUUCGACAACCAUGAAAAUGCAGGAGAAGGGAAGCUUUCUUUCCAUGCUAAGCGAUAUUCGUCGGCAACUGUCCGACAUCGACAGAGAUCUGUCUGCUGCUAAAGGCGCAUCGAUUGAAAGGCUGAAAGAAGACCAGGAAGUUCUUUUACACGAACGACAAUCCUUGAUUAACAAACUGCCCUCAUACGACUAG